GCAGCCGUUGGCUCCCUCACAUCAUCGGUGAAGUCACUGACAGUUGGGUUUUAUCUCUCCAUUACUCGGUAAAUGUUUUAGGAAUAUCUGCUGAACAUUUAACGAGAAACAACCUGUUUGUGGCCGUGGUGUCUGUAACUAUAGGUUUUGUUUUGAGCAGAGAUGGCAGCAGCUGAAGUUAUGCCAAAUCAGAGUGUGGUGGAGAGGGUAACCAGCCUCCCUCUGGUGAGCUCCACCUACAGCCUGGUGUUCAGUGUGUACUCAAACACCAAGGACAACCACCCUUACAUCAGGAGCAUGUGUGAGGCUGCAGAGCAAGGGGUCCGCACCAUCACCUCUGUGGCCCUCACCACAGCCUCGCCCAUCAUCGGCAAGCUGGAACCUCAGAUUGCCAUUGCCAAUGACCUGGCCUGCAAAGGUUUGGACAAGAUCGAGAAAACCCUGCCAAUCCUCCAUCAGCCUUCUGACCAGAUUGUUUCCAGCGCCAAGGAUGUUGUAACCACCGCUAAAGAUGUUAUGACGGGGAAAGUGUCUGGAGCCAAGGGCACCGUCUCUGACACUCUGAGCACCGUCGUGGGGAAGACCCGGGGUGCGGUCCAGGACGGGAUGGAGAGGACCAAAGCAGCUGUCAGCGGGAGCGUGAACACGGUGCUGGACAGCAGAGUGGUGCAACUGGUCAGCAGUGGAGUGGACACGGCCCUCAGUACAUCUGAGAGUCUAGUGGAGCAGUAUCUGCCUCUGUCAGAGGAGGAGCUUGAGCUGGAGGCAAAAGCAGUGAAAGGCUUUGAUAACAAAGAGACGAGCUACUACGUUCGCCUGGGCUGUCUCUCCACCAAGCUCCGAAAGAGAGCUUACACCAGGGCCGUGGCAAGGAUACAAGAGGGCAAGGAACGCAGCAUGGGAGUCAUCUCGGAGCUCAACUCCACUGUUGACCUGAUUGAAUAUGGCAGAAAGAACAUCAACAGUGCUAACCAGGUGGUGAACAACAAGCUGAACACCUUGGUGCCAUGGAAAUCUGGUGGUCCAACCCAGGAGAACGGUCACCAUGCCGAGGUAAUUGAGUCUCGCACCUUGGUCCUCGCACGUUCCCUCACCCAGCAGCUCCAGACAACCUGCCUAGUCCUUGUCUCUGGCCUGAAGGGACUCCCCAACCACAUCCAGCAGGAGGCGCUGUCCCUUAGCCACUUGGCAGCGCAAAUCUACAGCAAUUUCAGCAGAGCCAAGGUGCUGGGAGACAUGCCGGACAGCGUGUUAGCCGGCAGCAGGGUCCAGCUGGGCAAGAUGAAGGAGUCCCUGGACAACGUCAUGGAUUACCUGGUCAACAACACACCACUCAACUGGCUGGUGGGUCCCUUCUACCCAAGGAUGACCUCUCACACGGAGUCCUCCGUCAUCAGCAGUAAACAGCCCGAAAAGAGAAGCUCCCCGCUCAGUCAGCCGCAAACAGAGGGGCCCAUGGAGGUGGAGAUGGAGUCACUACAUUCCCAACAUCAGUGCACCUCAGAUUUAGAUUCUGAGCUGUAAUUUUACUACUAUGUCCGUUAUUGAUUCUAAAUGCUUCAUGUCAGUGUUUAGGUUAAACAAAAUACACAAUUGCUUUUUUUAAAUUCUUGCAGAAAUCUGAUAUUUUUACCCACAUGAAUGCCUUUAUUAUGCCACUGAAGUUAAAGUAAUCCUAAUCCGUUUAUACCUUCAUAAACUGGACCCAUGAAUAUGUGUCUUUCCACUCAACAUAAUUAAAAAUAAAAUUUUUAGGAACUUUUACUGAAAAAGAUUCAACUUUUUAUCCUGUGAAGAUGUGUACGAUUAAACACUCGACCAUUACGACAAUGUCAUGGUGUCUGACCAUAAAACAUUACAUUCAUUAAAAAUGGUUUGUUAUGGUAUGUUUGAUACAGGAAAACCUGCGGUUUAGCAGGUCCCACAGCAUGAUAUUACCAUCACCUGCAUUAUUACACAAAUCACUAAAGAUCUUUUACAUUUUACAGCACUGCCUUUAUGCAGUCUUUCACACAAAAAAACAAAGACAUUUCUGUAUCGCUACUUUUUAGGCUAUUUUCUUGAGCCUUGUAGAUUAAAAGGUUCUAAACUGGACUACAGGUUCCUAAAACUGGAUCUGGGUGAGGGGCCAAACAAAGUUCUGAAACAGUUUGAUGAAUACAUACAUCAAAGAUCAUCACCUCUAUUUUAAAGAAUGUGAACCACAACAUAAUCCAGUCGUUUGGAUUAUCUGACCUCAUUGUACAGUUGAUGCAAGAACCCGCAGGUCUAGAAGCCCCACAUCAUGCCCGAACUUCUACCCUGCAAUGCUGUGCAUUUCAUAAAAAAUAAAUAAAUAAAAAAUC